AUGUCGUCGCAAGGUCAAAGGUCGUUCCGAGGUCAAAGGUCACCGCAAGGUCAAAGGUCACCGCAAGGUCAAAGGUCACCGCAAGGUCAAAGGUCACUGCAAGGUCAAAGGUCACCGCAAGGUCAAAGGUCGCUGCAAGGUCAAAGGUCACCGCAAGGUCAAAGGUCACCGCAAGGUCAAAGGUCACCGCAAGGUCAAAGGUCACCGCAAGGUCAAAGGUCACCGCAAGGUCAAAGGUUAAAGGUCAGAGGUCAAAGGUCAGAGGUCAAAGGUCAGAGGUCAGAGGUCAAAGGUCAAAGGUCAAAGGUCAACGGUCAAAGGUCAAAGGUCAAAGGUCAGAGGUCAGAGGUCAGAGGUCAAAGGUCAGAGGUCAGAGGUCAGAGGUCAGAGGUCAGAGGUCAGAGGUCAGAGGUCAGAGGUCAAAGGUCAGAGGUCAGAGGUCAAAGGUCAUUCCGAGGUCAAAGGUCACCAAAAGGUCAAAGGUCACAUAAGGUCAAAGGUUACCGCAAGGUCAAAGGUCAAAGGGCACGGUGA